UCAGGUAUACCCCUAUGUAACAGUGAAAAGAUCUAUAUUCAACAUGGCUGCGAGUAGUAACAAAUAGACUUUUUUCUUGAAGUUGAUAACUUUUUGGGCAAAGAAUUCUUGUGUGACAGCAUUAACGUCCUUCUGUGUUAUGUAGAACAUAUCUUAUGGAUUUCCCUGUAUGAUCAAUCACUUAAGCCAAGAUGAGUGGAUCAUCAGACCAUGAGUCUACCUCAGACCCAGGGACCAGCAGCUCCUCCAGCGGCACCAGUACUCCCAGUCUGGAUCAGGAGGACUCCAACCCACCCCCUACAGCUACUGGUCUGGACAUCACCAAGGAAGAGGAGAAACUCAACCAGAACAGUUUAGAACAACUAGACCCCAACAGGAAAACACCUGACUUAGAACAGGAACACGAACAUGUGCUGCUGAGAAAGGCGACACACAAACUCUCUGAGAAGAAGAGAAGAAAAGCAAUUAACAAAAGAUAUGAUGACCUGAAGAGCUUGUUACCAGGCAUGAAGGGACUGACACACAGCAAGCAAGUCAUAUUGAAGAAAGCUUUCCACUAUGUCGAGAGCCUGAAGGCUGACAGCCGACUGAAUCAGGGAGUGAUAAGAGAGUUGGCCAUUGAGAGGGAGAGGAACAUCUCACUAGAGGCAGAACACAAACAUUGUCAGGAGAAACUACAACUUCUCAGACAACAGAAAGGUUUGCCUCCCCUAACGCCUGAGGAACUACAAGGGGUCAUGACAGGUGCCAUCUCAUAAUUAUCUCACACAGGGAGACUUUCAGCUAAACCCAUUCAGAGCCUCUAUUAUAUAAAUAUGAAAGAUAUCACUUGGCCUGUUACAUAUAUAAGUCAUCCUGAAGACAGCAAAAACUCUAACCUGUAUUGUCCCUUCACUUUCUGGAAUGUUAGCUUGUGAAUUUGAAAGGUUAUGAUCUCAAACAACAAUUACUGUUCUUUAUUAAUCAUUACAUUUUUAUGUGGUUUGUAUCAAAUUUGCUUCAACACCACCAAGUUGAUUCUUAAGUACUAUAUAUCUAUGUCCUAAUCUAUGUCUGAGAUAUUUUUUAAAGAAAUUGUACCACAAAGAAUUAUACUACACAAAUAUUUGUAUUUCAAGCUACAAACAGAUGGUGACAUUCAGUUACAAGCAGUGCACAUGCUUGAGCAAUGUGACUGCUUUUCUGUAACAAGGGAGUCUCUUGAUUGUUAGAAUAUUGGCCAGAGAUAUCAAAGUCUGUUCAUAACUUACCUUAUUAAGUUAUAAGAAGCUGCCACAGUCAGCUGUUACAAAAGUGUUGUUGUUUUCUAUAAUUCAUAGUUCUGACAAUUAUACAUGUAUUUUCAAUUUCAUUCAGACAUAUUGAAACAUGAUUGUCUCAUAUAUUGUGAAUUUGCAGUGUAACAAACCUAUGAUAAUUCACUCUACUGCACAGUAACAAUUGUAUGAAUUGCUAGUAUUAAAACAAAGCAGUAGCUCUAUGUCCAGUUUUACAAUGCUCUGAAUAUCAACUUGUAUCUUAUAAUAAAAAGUCUGUAUUUUGAAACAAAUAUCACUGGUAUGGUGAGAUAAGAUGCAGUACGUAAAUAUACUUUUAAGGAUUUGGAAAAUAACUGAUUGUAAUGUUAUGUGUAGCUGGAUAUCUGUAAUAAGGAAUCAUUGGUGCCAAAGUAGUCAAGGUCUCUGAGACCUUUAUUCAUUCAUACAUAGACUACUUCCUUUGAUGUAUUUUACCAUUGCCUAAUGCAAUCAUGAAUAUGAACUUGCAACUUAACUCAGUUGAAGUGAUGCAACAUAAGGCUCCUCUGUCCUGCCCCCACAUUGGGAGAAGCAUGCUGAGACUUAUACGUUUGCCAUCCAUCCAAAUUGUAUAUAGAAAUUUAAUGGCAGGAUUGCAAAUAUUUGCUGUUUAUUUGAAAGGAAAUUGCCCUUGACUUGUUUUACAAAUGUAAAGGAAUGUUUGGUUAAUCCGAUGAAAGUUGAUGAUAUUGAAGAUUUCUUCCUUGAAAUUAAGUGUAUUUCAUUUGUACAAGUUCAGGGUUGCAGUCUGGAAAUAACAUAGCAAAAUGACACCUCAACAACCAGUUGAGUCAUAUUAAUGAAAUGCAUUUAUAGAUAACAGCUUAUUUGUUGUUGACCACCAUUUUCUACUAUUUUCUAAUGAAGGAGCCUUUUGUAUAUUUGUUAUCGACAAUCAGCCAGCAAUAUGUCGAAGGUAAUUUGACUGUAAUUGUUUUAUUCCUGUUUAAUUGUGAAUAAAUAUCAAGAUGACAUACUGUAUGAUGUAAGACACAAACUAUUGAGUUGUACUUUUAGCUAGCGCUAACAAAUGCAAGCAUUCCUUUGCUCAAAAUAUUACAGUUGUAUUCAUAAUUCACACUAUAUUUUGUGGUUUUUGUGUUUGGCAAUGUACAUGUAUAUACAUUUAUUGUAAGCUAUGGAUACAGUACACACAUUUGAUUGAUUAAAUAAACAUGACUUAUUUUCACUUAA